GCGCUGCUGCUUUUUCUUUUCCGCUCAGGUUUUAGUAGUGGUGGGAGCGUGGAUUUUAAGAUCCAGGCUCGCAAAAUCACCAAGAAUGAGCGUCCCUGCAUUUAUUGAUAUUACAGAAGAAGACCAGGCUUUGGAGCUGAGAGCCUACAUCAAGUCCAAAGGAGCUGAUAUCUCAGAAGAGAACUCUGAAGGAGGACUUCAUGUAGAUUUGGCUCAAAUCAUUGAGGCGUGUGAUGUCUGCCUCAGAGAUGAUGAUAAAGAUGUGGAGAGUGUGAUGAACAGCAUUGUGUCUCUGCUGUUGAUCCUGGAGACAGAGAAGCAGGAGGCUCUCAUCGAAAGUCUCUGUGAGAAGCUGGUGAAGUUCCGUGAAGGAGAGAGACCCUCUCUCAGGAUGCAGCUGCUGAGUAACCUGUUCCAUGGUAUGGAUGAGAACACUCCAGUGAGGUACACUGUCUUCUGUAGCCUCGUCAAGGUGGCAGCAACCUGUAAUGCCAUCUCCUUCAUCCCCACUGACCUUGAUCAGGUGCGCAAGUGGAUUAUUGACUGGAACUUGAACACGGACAAGAAGCACAUACUCUUGAGGCUUGUGUAUGAAGCUCUGGUUGACUGCAAAAAAAGUGAGGCUGCAGCAAAAGUGAUGGUUGAGCUCUUGGGAAGUUACACAGAAGAUAAUGCUUCACAAGCACGUGUUGAUGCCCACAGAUGUAUCGUCCGUGCUCUCAAAGACCCCAACGCCUUCCUUUUUGACCACCUGCUAACCCUGAAACCUGUUCGCUUCCUGGAGGGAGAACUCAUCCAUGAUCUAUUAACCAUCUUUGUGAGUGCAAAACUAGCAGCAUAUGUAAAGUUUUACCAGAGUAACAAAGACUUUAUUGAUUCUCUUGGCCUGUCUCACGAGCAAAACAUGGCCAAGAUGCGUCUGUUGACAUUCAUGGGCAUGGCGGUGGAAUUCAAGGAGAUCUCCUUUGACACCAUGCAACAGGAGCUGCAGAUCGGCGCGGAUGAUGUCGAGGCUUUUGUCAUUGACGCUGUUCGGACAAAGAUGGUGUACUGCAAAAUCGACCAGACGCAGCGAAAAGUUGUUGUCAGCCACAGCACACACCGCACCUUUGGCAAGCAGCAGUGGCAGCAGCUGUAUGACAGCCUCAGCUCCUGGAAGGCCAACUUAACAACCGUCAAGACCAGUCUGCAAGCCCUGUCACCUUCUGCUUAAUUCCACUUUAACCCAACUGUCUAGACUACCCGACCCGCUAUUCUUCCUGAUUUCCAAAUUCCCAGACUGAACUGAUCAGUUUUUAUAUUCAUCCAAUAAAACAUCAGUGUAGGUCAUGUGUUUGCUUUUUCCUUGUUGAAUCAACACAACAAGCUGCAGUGACUGACAGUUUCAGGUUUUGUAGCAGAAAGCUUUAUUGUGCCAUUAGUUGAUAAUUAAAAUACUGUAUAAUUGGUUAUUUCAGGCAACUGCCCCACUAUUGUCUUAUCAUCUUGUUGGAAAGCCAUACAGUAAUCUUAAUGGGGGCUCAUAAUCCAGCAGCUCUCAACAUCUGGAUUUAGUUAGAGGACAGCGUGCCGGUAUGAGAUGAGCUGUGUCUUUGGGUGAGAAAUGUCCUGCAACAAGAAAGUUGUCUGGGAACACAUGAGAGGUGACAAUAGUAAUGUGAACUUGAGAUGACCCUGUCUCCUGGGGUUACAAUUGUGUUACUGUAGCAUCAACACUUAACAUCUUGUAGUGUAGACUGAUUCACUGCCUAGACCUCAGCUAAUUGGAAACUGUAUCUGAGGCUGUCAGCAUGACUCACUAUCUCUUACUGUGCUGGAAGAGUGGAAAAACAAGGACUUUUAAAAUCCAGUUUUAGUUCGCCUUGUCUUUGGCUGUUGAUGGAACGUAAAGUAAAAUUUAUCUCUCGCAGAAAUCUCUAUUCAGGCACCGGUCCAGAACAUAAGGAUGUGAACUCUAACGAUGCAUGGCCCGGGCAUUAGGUGUAAAAAGGGGUCUUUCAGAGUUCUCUCCCUCUGGGGCUGUGAUGACAUCAGCACAAACUGACAAAGUGCAGACUACUGACAUUGCACUCUUUGAAUCCCCACCCCCAACUCUAAUCCACUGUGCACCCAUUUUCUUUCACCAAUAAAGCUACAGCUCAACCCGU